AUGGAUACAAACUCCACGGAAAUCUAUCAGCCAGCACCCCCGGGGGUGUUUAUCGUGAUGGAUCACUUCCAAGGUCACGAGGAAAUAAAGCCCGUGGCUUUUGUGGCGCUCCUUGUGAUUUACGCGGUGGCCGUGCUGGGGAACCUGCUGCUGUUCGUGUCCAUCGCGCACGAGUCGCAGCUGCACAAGCCCAUGUACAUCUUCAUCGCGAGCCUCUCGCUAAAUAGCAUGUGCGCGAGCACCAUCACGCUGCCUCAGAUCAUGCACAACCUCCUGUCGUCUGGCUACAUCUCCAUCACCAACUGCAUCGCACAGAUGUUCUUCCUGCACGUGACCAGCAUGAGCGAAUGCUUUAUCCUCACCUUCAUGGCCGUGGACCGAUUCUUUGCUAUCUGCCACCCGCUGCGUUACAGCAUGCUGAUCACCUCCAGAAAGGCGAUGCUUAUGUGCAUUUUCUCCGCAGUGAUAUCAGUCUUGUUGCUGGCAGGAGACCUGAUUCUAAUCAGCCGUCUCACGUUCUGCAGGCCAAGGAUAAUUGUGAUGCCAAACUGUGACUGCUUAUCGCUGAGUAAUAUUGGGUGCGAAGAUAUCACCAUCAACAUCAUUUACAGCUCCAUCAUCACGGGGAUCGGAAGCAUCACAUCUGUGUGCACCAUUUUAUACACGUACAGCCGCAUCCUGUACGACUGUCAAAACUCCAGUCUGCGCAAAAGUCAGAAGAAGGCCAUUUACACGUGCAUCACUCACUUCUUCGUACUCUCCAUCUUUUACGUAUUCCUAUUGUUCAUGAUUUUCCACCAGCGUCUGAAGCAUCAGGAGGUGAUUCCAGCCCUCAUGCGCUCUGCAUUCAGCUCCUUCUAUUACAUAUUCCCCCCAGUCCUCAAUCCCAUUAUUUAUGGUCUGCGCAUGGUGGAAAUCCGACAAAGUUUGGCCAAAGUAUUUCACGGGAAUUCUGUCGCAGCUUUAAAACUGCAAUCGUGUUAA